CCGCUUUGCAAAGCGCCCCACGGAGCAGCCGGAGGAAGAAGUGGCAGCAGCCGCCGACCUCCCUCAGCCGAACCUGUAGGGGGCGUGGGAAAUGGCCGUGGCCAUUCCUGUCAGGGGCUGAGGAAGGGCGGCUUUCUGCCAGCUGCCUGGCGUCUGGUCUCUCUCUGCCCCCUUUCCUCACUUGCGCAGCCGGCGAGGGGAGGGGAAGAUGGAGGGGCCGAGAGCAUGGGCUUCAGGCGGGUGGCCAUCCGGAGGAAAUCCAGCCCCAGCCUCAGCAGCAGCGCCUUGGUCUUCUCUCAGGCUGCUGCCGCAGCUUCGCCUCUUUCCCACCCGGAGAGGAGGAGAGACGUUGCCAGGGAAGCGGCGCCAACAGCGGCAGCAGCAGGUGGCAGCACGUGUCCAAAGAUCUUCAUAACUCCACUGUGCACGACAAGCAGCACAACUAGACUGUAUGAGCCAAACAUUGGCAAUGAGGUGGCUCAGAGAAUAAAUGGAAUCGUACCAGAGAAGCCAUCUCCACAGCCAGCUUCAAUUCCAAAACCACAAGUGCCUCCAAAGCCAUUACAUCUGCAGAAUUCACAGUCAUCCAUUGCCCACCAAACCCCCAGGCAUAAAGCUUUACAUUCUACGAAGCCAAGAAUGGAGGAAGUUACACCUACCUCUUCUUGCGUAUCUAAAGAAAAAACUAGUAAAGUGUCUGAUCUCAUCAGUCAUUUUGAAGGAGGCAGCCCAUCCACUCCUAGUGAGCUGAAGAAAGAAUCCUGUGUUCUAAAUGUUGCUAAAUCUCAAGGAAAGCAUGGGCCAGCACCAGCACCUCAGCCAAAAUUCCUCACCCAACACCCACUACAGAAGCAGGGAUAUAGUACAGAUCACUCUCAGGAUGUACAGAAUCGCACAGCCAAUGGAGAAGUAGCACAGAACCAGUUGGACUGCAGGGACAGCACAUUGCCGGUUCAUAAUGCGAGUAGGGCCAUUCAAAAUGCAUCAUUUGACAGCAUCUUGGUAAAUGGAGAACGAGAGAACAUUAGUACAGACGCAUUGCAAACUACAGCAGCCUGCAAAGGGCAAACAAUCAAUAGCUGUUGCCAGGCUCCAAGUGUGAACACGUUAUUUCCAUCGGGAAAAGAAAGUGUAGAAAUGAUUACCAAUACAAAGAACAAGCAGAUUGAGGAGCACAAUAAGCAAGACUCGCAUGUGGAGACAAAGGAGACAAAUGAACAGAAAUGUUACAAUAUUGCCAAUGAGCUUUUGCACACAGAAAGAGCUUACGUCUGCCGACUUGCUCUCUUGGAUCAGGAGUUUUAUUGUAAAUUGAUGGAUGAAGCUAACAGGGGUUCAUUUCCUGCUGAAGUUGUUAGUAAAAUAUUUUCCAAUAUUUCAUCCAUUAAUCAGUUUCACAGUCAAUUCUUGCUGCCAGAGCUUGAGAAAAGAAUGCAAGAAUGGGACACAAACCCCAGGAUCAGUGACAUCCUACAGAAGCUAGCUCCUUUCCUCAAAAUGUAUGGGGAGUAUGUGAAGAAUUUUGACAACGCAAUGGAAUUGGUGAAAACGUGGACUGAGAGAUCACCUGUCUUCAAAUGUAUUAUUCAAGAAAUUCAGAAACAGAAAGUCUGUGGAAAUCUCACCUUGCAGCAUCACAUGCUAGAACCAGUGCAGCGCAUUCCAAGAUACGAGAUGCUUCUGAAGGACUAUCUAAGAAAAUUGCCUCAAGACUCUCUAGACUGGAAGGAUGCUGAAAAAUCCUUGGAAAUAAUAUCUACAGCAGCAAGUCACUCUAAUAGCGCCAUCCGAAAAAUGGAAAACUUAAAGAAGUUGUUGGAAGUUUAUGAAAUGUUAGGAGAAGAAGAAGAUAUUGUCAAUCCUUCAAAUGAACUCAUAAAAGAAGGACAAAUACUUAAACUUGCUGCUCGUAAUACAUCUGCCCAAGAAAGAUACCUUUUCUUAUUCAACAACAGAUUGCUAUACUGUGUCCCCAAAUUCAGCUUGGUGGGAUCUAAGUUCACAGUUCGGACAAGAGUUGGCAUUGAUGGUAUGAAAAUCGUGGAAACACACAAUGAAGAAUACCCACACACAUUCCAAGUCUCUGGGAAAGAGCGAACUUUGGAAUUGCAGGCCAGUUCUGAACAAGAUAAAGAAGAAUGGAUAAAGGCUCUCCAGAAUACUAUAGAUGCUUUUCAGCAAAGGAAUGAAACAUUCAGAACUGCUAUUGCAAAAGAAUAUGAGGACACACCUAUUGAAGUUUCUACUGCUGAACUUGGGAAGAGAGCACCAAGAUGGAUUCGGGACAAUGAAGUGACCAUGUGCAUGAAAUGCAAGGAAUCCUUCAAUGCCCUGACGAGGAGGAGGCAUCACUGCCGAGCAUGUGGGCAUGUGGUUUGCUGGAAAUGUUCUGAUUACAAAGCUCAUCUUGAGUAUGAUGGUGGUAAGCUGAACAAGGUUUGUAAGGACUGCUACCACAUUAUAACAGGAUGCACAGAUAGCGAAGAAAAGAAGAAGAAAGGAAUCUUGGAGAUUGAAUCAGCAGAAGUAUCCGGUAACAGUGUGAUAUGUAGUUUUCUCCAAUACUUGGAAAAAUCUAAGACUUGGCAGAAGGCUUGGUGUGUGAUUCCUAAGCAGGAAGCCCUUGUAUUAUAUAUGUACGGUGCUCCACAGGAUGUAAGAGCGCUAGCUACCAUCCCUUUGCUGGGCUACACAGUAGAUGACACUCCAAGAAGCGCUGACCUUCCACACAGUUUCAAAUUGACUCAGUCCAAGUCAGUGCACAGCUUUGCCGCAGACAAUGAGGAACUAAAACAGAAGUGGUUGAAGGUCAUCCAUUUGGCCGUCAAAGGUGAAACGCCGGACUGCCCAAAUGAUUUGCGGAUGAGUUUAGAGGACCAGCAUGAAAGCUCUGCAAAACUGGAAGCUGAAACUUGACGUAGCAGAUGAUUUGAAUCUACAGCUGGCUGUAAUUUGACAUAUUUGGGGUGUGUGGAAUAUUUGCCAUAAUCUUGCCAAAGUUAGUAAACGUAAGUCUCUCUGCUUUCAGUGGGACAGUGAAAUUUGGUUGGGUCACUGAAAGUGGCUUCAGUGAUAGGAAAAACUAUAGUAGUUUGAUAAAGCAUGGGUAUACCAAUUUUAAUUAUCAGUUGUACUUUGACUAAGUGUACUAUUGUUUUAUUGUUGCUGGAUGUAAAUAUACUUGAAUAAUGAAAGAAGUCUGUAGCGCUGUGCCAUCUUGAUACCUUUAGCUCUAUUGAAUUCUUAAUUUUUAACUCUAAAGCAUUUAUCCAUCUUCAGUGGCAUUUUGUAUGUGCAGGUGGAGUAGCUUUUUUCCUUUUCUUGCAGUCCUUCAUUUUCCCCGACUAACUCAAGGCUCACCGUGCUAACAGUGUCCCAGGGCAAGUAACUGGUGUAUUGGUUUACAACCGUGAACUGUUUUCUUCCUGAAGGUGUAAAAAAGGAACGCUUUUCUCCAUUGUAUUUUCCAAAUGGCUAUAGAUCAGUGCACUUGUAAAUCUAGGGGUAUGUAUAAACGUUCAUGAAAAGAGGAGUUAGCAGUGUGGAAGCACAAUUGUUGCUUCUUUCUCAGAGCAUGUUGAGCUGAGGGGAAAUGUUCUGCUGGUUUCAGCAAACGCCAGAUGUGCACAGUACUGACUGGCUGGUACCUGUGACGCCAUCUUCUUCCCAAAAAUAUUUUGUUACAUUUAAAAAUGUCAGUAAGAGAAGAAGAAGAAAAAACAUGUGCAAAGGGGUGUAUACAUGGAGCUGCCCUGUUGGUUAAACUGAGAGGGGAAGCUUGCACACACAGGAGCUUUCUUGCCACAAUGCAAACCUAAGGUAGAAAGCAGCUCUCUUUGCAUAAGUGGGGCUAUUAUAAUUGUCAAAUAAAACAUUGCCUCUGCCAGGGUUUACAGUAGGAACCGCAUGUACCCGCAGGACAGUGGAUCCUGUCAUUUAGAGAGACUUGCAUUAAUUUUAGGGCAUGCUGUGGGCAGUAUAAGUUUGUACAAAUAUUUAGCAUGCACUUGCUUCUGUACAUGAAAAGCAGCAGCAUACAUUUUUGCCACUUGUUUGUACAGUGUGCAAAAGCAGGUCAGUGAGCCAGGAUCAAUCAGAGCUCCUUGGAGCAAACGUCCUCAAGAG